AUGUAUGAAAAUGAACAAGAAUAUACUUUGAGUGGGGUUGACUAUUUGUAUAUGGGUUGGGGAGAUAGACCUUACACAGCGCCAUUACUGCGCGAUUUGUAUCACACGAAUGAGCUGCAUGGAAUUUUUAGUAGACACGUGCCAUUUUCACUAGAAUGUGCCAAUUUACAUGUACACGGAUCUAAUACUGUUGCAGAUUUCCCAGUCGGUAACACUUCAGAAACCACUAUGUUUGGUGGAUGUUCCAGCACACUAAAUUUACCAUCGCUAGUACCAUUAACUACAUUUGGGGAUACUUUGACUAACAAGAUGAGGGGUACUGAUAUAUUUUUUAUGCCUAAACCUUCACAGCUUCUACCAUUUGCCCUACCUGUGUUUGUGUUCAUGCCAAAUCUGACUGUUUUUUUUAGGCAAUGGUUCUUUUAUGGUCCAAAAUGA